AGUUAGCGCGCCCUUGACUGCGCGGCACAGCGUUAGCAAAAGAGACUAGUUAGGCUCUGUUUACAAGUCUAUGAAAUGUUUAGUAAUAGGGUUGAGCACGCAGCCUCUAAUCCCCCGGCGCUGAUGAGCGUGGCGCGCGCGUCGACCUCUCCUCCACUCCACAAACCUCUUGAGCGGAGCACACGUCCUCCACUUUAGCCGGGGUCCCCACUUACUCGUGCCCCGUUUUACUCGCAGGGGAGCGCCCGCGUAGGUUUUUGACCCCUGGGACGAUUUCUCCUUCGAAAGGACUUUUUCUUUUAAUCCUGUGGAUAUGUGGUGGAUGCUGUUUCCCAGAUGGAUCUGGUUUUUGUUCGGACACUUCUGCGUCUUGCGUUUGGACUCGCGCGCCCGAGCGAUGCCCAUGACCCUGUCCAAAGUGGUUUAUUCUCACGCGGGAAUGUGUCCCAACGAGAUGAACCCCAACCUGUGGGUGGAUGCCAUGAGCACCUGCACCCGAGAGUGCGAGUCCGACCAGGACUGUGAGCCAUUUGAGAAGUGCUGUCCGAAUGUUUGCGGACACAAGAGCUGUGUGGCCGCCCGCUACGUGGACAUUAAGGGCAGGAAAGGUCCAGUGGGGAUGCCCAAAGGGGUCACCUGUGAUAAAUUCAUGUGCACCCAGCAGGGCUCAGAGUGUGAAAUCUGGGACGGACAGCCAGUGUGCAAAUGCCGGGACCGUUGCGGACGGGAGCCAUAUUUCACAUGCGCCUCGGAUGGCAUGACCUACUACAACAAGUGCUACAUGGACGCCGAGGCCUGUACCAGAGGCGUCACCCUUACCGAAGUGACCUGCAGGUACCACUUCAGCUUGUCCAACACCAGUCCCCUUCCAGCGGAGACCACCGCCCGGCCCACAACCGCCCGUCUUGAGACCACACCCAUGGACGUUCAGCGCCCCGUCAUGGUCAGCAACCCAGCACACCACUUUGUGUUUGUGGGCGAAACGGCCAGCUUCCUCUGCGAGGUCACAGGUAAACCUAGGCCGGCGAUUACGUGGGAAAAGCAGAUCGAAGGUAAAGAGAACACUGUAAUGCAACCCAACCAUGUGCAAGGAAACAUAGUAGUUACUAACAUCGCCCAGCUGGUCAUAUACAACGCCCAGCUCCAGGAUGCCGGGAUCUACACCUGCACUGCGACGAACCAGGGUGGAUCUGUGCAAGCCCAUUUCCCGCUCUCUGUGGUCCCCAGGGAGCAGAGCAAACCGGAGCUGACCUUGAAUUCAACUCGCUUACCUGCCGAGGAGUGUCUGAAAACACCUGAUAUGGGCGACUGUGGAGAAGAGAGCAUGAAGUGGUACUACGAGGCCAAGCGCAACAACUGCUUUACCUUUACCUACAGCCAGUGCAAUAAAAACCAAAACCAUUUCGAUACCUACGAGUUGUGCAUGCUUUCCUGUGGAGCGGAGCUUGCUGCCCCUUGCUCCCUUCCUAGCGUUCAAGGUCCCUGCAAGGCUUACAAACCACGCUGGGCUUACAGCCACGCGCUCAAGAAAUGCCAGCCGUUUGUUUACGGAGGCUGCGGAGGCAACGAGAACAACUUCGAGAGCAAGGAAGCCUGUGAGGAGAUGUGCCCCUUCCCCAAGACUCACAACUGCAAGCCUUGCAAACCCCGGCAGAAGAUGGUCCCGAGCUUCUGCAAGAGCGACUUUGUGGUUUUGGGACGCAUUUCGGAGUUGACCGAGGACCACGACUCGGGCCACGCGCUCAUCACUGUGGAGGAGAUCUUGAAGGACGAGAAAAUGGGGCUACGGUUCUUUGGACAGGAGCCCCUGGAAGUGACGCUGCUCAACAUGGACUGGAACUGUCCCUGUCCAAACAUGACGAGAGCCGAGGGACAGAUGAUCAUCAUGGGAGACGUUCACAACGGCAUGGCCGUGCUGCAGCCCGACAGCUUCGUGACCACUUCCAGCGUGAGGCGGGUUCGCAAACUCCGUGAGGUUAUCAACAAAAAGACUUGCGACGUCUUGAAGGAGUUCAGCAGCGCAAAGUACUAGGGCGCUUAUGGUAUCUGAAUCUCUGGACAUCCUAAUCAUGCUCAGUUCAUGCUCCUGAAGGACUACUUUCCUGCAAAGUCAGCUAGAGUGAAACUCCGCUGGAAGGUGCACCUCCUAGAGCAGGAUUGGACCGCUCCGCCCCAAACCAACGUGCCUGCCUCUCACCUGCUUUUCUUCAAGAAGCAGACUCACAGACUUGGCUUGUAGAAUCUACAAUCAUAAGUCAUGAUUGCCGCAGCAUGGAGCUGCUUGUCCAUGGAGAGAUAAAAAUAUGCAGAUUACACUGUUUGAAUGACACAUAGACGUAUGUAUAUACUAGAUGAUUGAAAGUAUUACAUUAUUUACAUCUACGUGUUGUAGUGUGAGUCCAGUUAUUUUAGUUUGACUAAAAAGCCACAGAUAUUGUAUUAAACCGGACUCUUUCUACCUGUCUCAAACAAAUGCCUCGCAGGCAGUCGCUGAACUUGAACCUUCAGUGGAAACAGGUGGUUAAAUGUUACUAACCUGCAACUUUAUUUAUACUUUUUGAAGUUCUAUUAAAGCUGAAGUGUGUCAAGUCUGAAAAAGACUAGUAAGGAAUCUUAGCAUUAAGAGGCAGUUCUCUAAAUUCUAAAAAAUUUUUUUUUAUUGAUUCCCUGGAAAAGCGCUAGUGUCUGGGACAUUUAAAGGGUUUAGUUCACCCAAAAAUGAAAAUUUAGUUGUUAAUUACUCACCCUCAUGUCAUUCCAAACCUGAAAGUUUCAAAUAAGUUCAGACUUUGUUGAUGUUUUACGUCCGAGAGCUUUCUGGCCUUACAUAGAAAGCAAUGCAAAUGAUUGUGUUUAGAAGAUGAACAGAAUUAAAGAAUUAAAAUUUUUUGGGUGAACUAUGCUUUUAACAUUGGUUUAACCAAUAGCUCUUCGUCCAACCAAUGGGGUGCAUUCCAUCAGUUUUCCUGUUUCAUUUGGUGGCGCAGAAAUUACACACUUCACCUUUAAUUAUAAAGCCAUGUCAUUCCUAAACUUAAAAAAAAUAUGACAUGUUAAAUACUCUUGCACCUUAUUUUAAUUCAUAGUUUUUUGUGCUGUAAUCAUUGUACUUUGUUUCCGUCUAUUUAUGCUUUUACGUCACUACCAUAAUUUGAAACAAAGGUAGUCCUGUGUACGUGCUUCACGAAGUAUGUUGCGUGUUUUCUGUCAAACCAUACAAUGGCAAACGUAUAAUGAGAUUAUAACUAUUAUUUUAUGAGCAGUUGAAAAUGUAUUAAAAGUUUAUGGAACUACACCGGAGGGGCGAUUAAAGAC